AUGUUGAGCGUGUUCAGUGUUCUCGCUUUUUUGUCGAUUUUCGAGAGCAGUUUCACGCAAAAUCAAAAUGAAACUGCACAAAUCGAAAUUGGUUAUGAUCCUAUUGGUGAUGGUGCUUCUUUCGCCCGAAAUCUUACUGCAAGUGUUUCAGUUUUUGAUACCGAUAUAGCUACAACCAGUUCAGAUAUUGUUAGUGAAAAAGUUAAUAUUUCUGAUAGAAUUGAAGGGACAGUUGAGAAAACGAAAAAUAUUAUUGAAUUUAAUACAAGAGAUAAAAUUAAUGAAUCUGAAAAGAACCUGGAUCAGUUUCGCCCUAGCCCCCAAGUGCAAGUUGAACCACAUUAUGAAUUUAAUAAAUUUCCUGUUAAGCCUGCCUAUCCGGAAGCCAAAACAGUUUCUAGCAUUAUAACAUCUGAUGACAGAAACUCAUUUGCUAGAGGAGAAGCCUUUCCAGCAGAAACUGAUCAUUUUCAACCAGGAAUGUCAGCAUUUGGGAAUUUCAAUAAUAAUCGACCCUUUGGAGAAUCUCAGCUUAAAUAUAAAGGUGUGACAAGCAACAGUGAACCGCAUUGGAAUGACAAGAACAAAAAUACUGAUGACACUCCAUGGGUGAGUCGUGUGAAAUUCCCGUCAGGUCCAUCCUCCAUUAACCAAAAUCCAUACCCGUAUGUGGCAACCACAACAGCCAGCAGUGAAGGUCCCAGAUGCUGCCAAGACAAUGUUGAUAGACAUCAAAAUGGGUAUUUACCAGAACCUAGUAAAACUCCGGAUCAAAAAGAGCGAUAUUCACCUCCUGCUUCUAGCUAUGGCCCUCCUGUAAGGGAACAUAGUGGAUUUAAAAACAGAUAUGGACCUAAUGAGGAAUUUAACUUUAAUAAGCUUGUAGAUGUUCCAAAAAAGUAUUAUCCAUCAGAACACCAAAACGAAUAUCAUCCUUAUGAAAAAACGUAUGAGCAUUCAUAUAAUUUAAUGGAGAAGCCCGCCUAUGAAGCGCACGAAAAAACUUACAGCGGAGGCUAUAAUCCGUGGAAGAAAAUUCUGAAACUCUUCGCCACAUUCAUUCCCAUAGGUCUAUUAAUAAGUGCAUUAACUCCUACAGUGAUCACUGUCACACCUACAAAUAAUACUACAACACAAUCCAGAUAUCGGUCUGCAGAUGAUCCGAAAAAAGAGCUGCAAAAUCAUAUUUUAUCAUCCCUAGAUUAUUUCAACAAGCUAAACGAAAAUGGUUGUGAAUAUCGAGUGUUUUGUGAACUUCUAGUCAGCGCCAGUACUUCUGAAGAUUCAGAAAAACAUGUGAAGAACUUACUGGAUAGUUUUGCUGAACAGGAAAUUGAUUACAAAACACGAGCUGAAGAAUUGAAGAAAGUUUUUGAAGCGGUUCGGAAUCAAGAUUGCAAUCCAAUUUCUUGUGAAUAUCUUAAAAAUCAUACCUGA